AUCCCCGAGAUGUCUCGCAAGCUGCGGCCCAACGAAGUCUGCGCCGACUGCAGUGCCUCAGACCCUGGAUGGGUAUCCAUCAACCGAGGAGUGCUUGUUUGUGAUGAAUGCUGCAGUGUUCAUCGGAGCCUGGGUCGACACAUCUCCAUGGUAAAACAUCUCCGUCACAGCUCAUGGUCUUCAACAUUGUUACAGAUGGUACAGACUCUGGCAAGCAAUGGCGCCAACUCCAUCUGGGAACAUUCAUUGCUUGAUCCAGCCCAGGUGCAAAGUGGACGGCGUAAACCAAACCCUCAGGAUAAAGUCCAUCCUACUAAAGCAGAGUUCAUACGAGCCAAGUACCAGAUGUUGGCAUUUGUCCACAAACUACCUUGUCGUGAUGAUGAUGGAGUGACCACAAAGGACCUUAGUAAGCAACUGCACUCGAGUGUACGGACAGGAAAUUUGGAAACGUGUCUCAGGCUACUCUCCUUGGGAGCUCAAGCCAACUUCUUUCACCCGGAAAAAGGUACCACUCCACUGCAUGUGGCUGCCAAAGCAGGGCAGAUACACCAAGCUGAACUUCUGGUCGUUUAUGGUGCAGAUCCGGGAGCUCCUGAUGUUAAUGCCAGAACUCCUAUAGAUUAUGCCAGACAAGCAAAUCACCAUGAGCUCGCUGACAGACUGGUGGAGUGUCAGUAUGAACUUACAGACCGACUGGCAUUUUACCUGUGUGGGAGGCGGCCAGAUCACAAAAAUGGACAUUAUGUCAUCCCUCAAAUGGCUGACAGUAGCUUGGACUUGUCAGAACUCGCUAAGGCUGCCAAAAAGAAACUUCAAGCACUGAACAACCGCCUUUUUGAAGAGCUAGCAAUGGAUGUUUAUGAUGAAGUUGAUCGUCGCGAGAAUGAUGCAGUGUGGCUGGCAACUCAGAACCAUAGCACUUUAGUGACUGAGCGGAGUGCUGUACCCUUUCUUCCAGUGAACCCAGAAUAUUCUGCAACUAGAAACCAGGGCCGACAAAAACUUGCCAGAUUUAAUGCCCGUGAGUUUGCAACUUUGAUUAUCGACAUACUUAGCGACGCUAAGAGAAGGCAGCACGGAAAAACGCUGGGCAGUCCAAUAGAUAACAUCGACUAUUUUCUACGGAACCAGAAUGAUGCUCGUAACGACAGUGAUUUUGGCGACGACCAGCAUGAUUACGACAGUGUAGCUUCCGAUGAGGACACUGACGCCGAUCUGCACCGAAACGCAAACUCAUCCCGGAAUAAUCGAGCUAAAAGUAUGGAUUCCUCUGAUCUGUCAGAUGGUCCAAUAACACUACAGGAAUACCUGGAAGUGAAGAAAGCUCUAGCUGCAUCAGAAGCCAAGGUUCAGCAACUAAUGAAAGUAAAUAACAAUCUGAGUGAAGAAUUACGUAGACUUCAAAUACAGAUUAACAAACUACAGACAGAAAAUGCACAAAUGAAACAGCAGACUCCUAGUUUGCAUCCAACACCAGUUACUAGUGACCGCCAGGACUUUGCUCCCCACGGGGGUGCAAGUAGACGUGACCGACAAGCCUUUUCAAUGUAUGAGACUGGAUCUGGGCAGAAGCCUUUUGGGCAAGCUACAGAUGACAUUGUCACGAGACUGCAACCAUUGGAGCCCAAUAUUCGCAGGGGCGUUUCCGUGACCUCUGUACCCUUUCCCCUCUCUCCGCUGCUCUCCUGUUCACAGGACUGUGGCAGAUCCGUGGUUAAGUACCAUCUCAGUUGGGCUCAAGUGUCCAGAUUGGACAAACGUGUCAGUGGAACAGACAGCGACUAUGACAAUACUCAAACUAAUGAGCUGCCACUCGGCAUCGCUGAUGGGAGAAUGGGCCGCGAGGAUGAACUCCAUCUGGAGUUUGAUGAUCUGGAAGGGGAACUGGAUCCAAGCCUUCCCAGUACUGAGGAUGUGAUCCUUAAAACAGAACAGGUUACCAAAAAUAUCCAGGAGCUUCUGCGCGCAGCACAGGAGUGUAAGCAUGAAAGCUUCGUGCCGUGCUCUGAAAAAUCCACUGCAGUCACCGAAAUGGCUUCCCUUUUCCCGAAGAAACCUGCACUGGAAACCGUUCGAAGCUCUUUGAGAUUGCUCAACGCAAGUGCCUUCCGACUGCAGUGCGAGUGCAGGAAGACUAUCCCUCCAGAGCCAGGGGCACCCGUUGACAUUCAGUUGCUCACGCAACAAGUAAUCCAGUGUGCCUACGACAUCGCCAAGGCAGCCAAGCAGCUGGUUACCAUAACUACCCGUGAGAAAAAGCAAUGACGCUAAACCUCUGCCUCAAUCUCUCCAAGUAGAUUUGGGAGGCACAUCUUUCUUUGAAAGCAGACUGAAAUCCCUGUACAUAUUCUGAUUUCAAGUACUGUGGAUUUCUCUUUGUCCCCCACCCCUCUCCCCUGCCCCCUCACUCCCGACCCCAUGAAAGAAUUUCACCUUCAAUCAUAGAUGCGAGCUUUUGGAAAGCGUAGACUUCCAAUAAUGUGCUGAAAUCGCCGUUAAAGGUUAAAAGAAUUACCGCAACUAUAUAAUGACGAGGGUGAAAAUGCGUCUUGGUCAAAUCCAAUGACCUUUGACUUGACAUUUUGAUUAGAUGUAAAUAUUUAUUCUCUGAACGAUCAGGGUCUUGUUACACUGGAAUUCUAGACACUUCUAGCUGACUGUAAACCACAGUUGUGUAUUUGCAAAUGUACUAAGUGCUACAUUAUCUAUCGGUGGAUUCUAUGGUGCAAAACAUUCAGUGAAGCAAAGGCUUGUGUAUCCACUAAAUGGUAAGCCACAGUUGCAAAUUGAAAAACACUAAGGUUUAUGAAUGGAUUACUUAAGUCACUGUGGAUUCAUUUUGACAUUACCUGAGGCUGAAGGCCAAUGGAUGUUCUGGAGCACCAUUAGAAAAAUAUGCUUAAGUAUGGGGGUGCCUGUUUUGUAUAAAUACCAUUUGAACCUAUGACUAUAACUGACAGCCAUCAGCACCAUUACAUUUUGUGUACUGUAUGCCUUAUAACAGUUGGAUCUUGUUUUUAAAUGUUUCUCUUCCUAGUGAUUUAGUCUUCAAACUUUGCUCCAUUCAUGGCAGUUUUCCUCCCCCUGACCAGCUCAAAGGCCGUAGACACUUUUGGGGACUGUAAACAUGCUCUUUGAUUAACAGCUGCUCAUUACAGUGAUUGCCAUGAGCUGAAUACACUAGCUGAACUUUGUAAAAGUUCACAUGAAACGUCUCCCAGUUUAAAAAAAAUAAUACGAACACUAUUAAAUUCAAUAACAAGUUUUGGACAUUAGUCUUAAGAGAUGUAGGUGCUGGAGCCGAGACCAAUAUUUUCUUUUGAUGAUUUUUGGAAAAAACUGACUGGUUCUUGGAACCCACUGUAGAAGUAGUGUGUGAGUGGAUACUUUAGUGCUCCUUUAUGACCAAGUGCUCUUCUGGGAACAGACAGGACAUUUUCAGUCUCCAGGGUAGACCUUAAGGUGGAUUGGUCCUCAGAUGCCACUUUGCUUUCUGAGUUGAGUAGAGAAUCCAUUAUUAUGUCAGCCUCUUUAAACUCAUCAUGGGUGACUUGAUUGAUUGAAUUGUAUCAGUGACUAUUCUCAUUGUUGUGAUAGAAGCAUUGGAGCAUUGUUUCAUUCUCUUUGGUUAAAACCAAGAAAGGCCCAUAAUUUCAUGACCAACACGCACAAUUCCAAGUGCGGGAUAAAAAACGCCAUACCCAAACCUUUUAAGUUAAUGCCUCGCUUUAGCUUGACCUUUGAUAUAAUGAACACUGAUGCUCAACACUACAGAGUGACCAUAGAAGAUUUUAUUUAUCUGAAUUACCUUGGACAAUACCAGUUUGUGAAAUCCUACAUUUUAAAAAAAACUUUCCAGCACCUUUUUAAAUUAAAUGUUUGUAAUCUAGACCACAAAAUACAGAGCUUUUUAAGGUGGUGGCAGGCAAGUGCUUUUGAUGAUAGAGAAAUCCAAAUUCACAAUUGAAUCUUUGUUCUGAUCUGUGUAAAAUAUUAAUUUGGUUGAAAUCACUUUGGAGAUGGCAAGCAAUUGAUGGAAAUUUAGAAUCUGCAGACAUUUUAAAUGACACAGAUUGAUUUUAUUAAAGGGGAUGUUCACUAAAUAGUACCGUAGGUUUAAGGAACGUGGAACUAUAAGGCUUUGGAUAAAUAAGAUUCUUCUAUGGUAUAAUGAAGAAUGAACCCAUGUAUUUUUUUUCUAGCCUUAAAUUACACAUUAGGCAUACAGUAUGAGCUACUGCUUUGUCUCAGCAAAUCUAUAUGUACAGUUCAAUAAUGUUAAACAUGAGUUGUUAUCUGUAAUACAAGUUAAUGAUGUAAGUUGAAUAAUCCAAACGCUACAUGACUGCAUUAGGCAGAUUCAGUCGCUGAAUUGUGCCAUGUGAAAAGCAAACAAACCACUUGUUGGACUAAUAUGAAAGUAUUGUGAAACCUCAGUUUUUCUUCUGAUAAAAGUAUUUCUCAUCUGAAGAAACGUCUCAUUUUUGCGGUCCACAGUGCUUGAAAAUGAUACUGAUUAUGCAAAAAGGGAUUCCGAAUGUGUGAUUUUUAAAAUGGAUUCAGUGAAAUACAAAAGGAACACUACAGUAAAUCUGGCUCUGACUGGAAGACAAACUGCUCAUUCCCCAAAGUUGUUUGGAGGGUACGACUGGCAUAGCGUGCAAUAGAGUGAAAGGGAAUUAAAUUUUACUAUCUCAAGUGUCCUAAGUUAAGUGGACCCAAUCUUCUGCUUGUAAAAUUUUUAUACUGCAAUGUUAAUUUAGAUUGUAACUCUGGGCAACUAUAAAGAAGGGUUCUGAAUGCCUAUUAAAAUCCAUGAUGAAUGGCGUGAUUAA